GGGUUUUCAAUUCCCCUUUACUCCGUAUAUCAUGCUCAGCGUUUAAAUGGAUGACAGGACUCCAGUUGAUUCUACUCGGUACAGAUUCCACUGAGUAUCUGUGACGACCCCCCAUCCCCACCCGCCGGAGCACACCGCUCGUGCCUGCAAUAUUGACUAUUGAAAGCUUCUCCGAUCCAACAGAACUGUCCGGAGCAGAGUUAAGAUAAGCGCUUCAGGAGUUGCUCGUUAUCCCUGGCCUCAGAAAUCGAGCCUGAAACCGGACUAGUUGAUAAUCCAGAGCGUCUCAGAGCAACUAGCUCUCCAACCGGCGGUUACGGGGAUGGCCUUCUAGGUCCUUAUUCCUAUUUAACUAAUUGAUUUACGUUCGACCUUCACGACGGUGUGCUUUCUACGUCAACUGUCAUAUUUCCUUCAUUUUGGCUCCUCAUGAGCCCCUCGACGACGUGAUGAGUCCAUCCCCACCGUCCGCUGAGGGGCAGACCAAAAGUCGACCGAUCCCCCUCGACCGCGCCCUGCAACAAUCGUCAACUUUCUUGCGUCCCCCACUCGCUUCGGUACCGUAUCGCAACGGCCAUUUGAAUCUCGAUACAUUUUCGCCUGUCAAUGAGAAUGGGAGUUUCGAGUUCGAUCGCGUCUUGAAGACGGGGAAGGUUUUCCGUCGCGUGAAGAGCAAACAUGCCUUCAAAGCGUGGUGGAAACCAGCUUACCUUGUCCUCCGACCAAAUCUCCUCUCUGUCUACAAGGAUGAAGAAGCGACCCGCCUGCGGGCAUCGAUUACCCUGUCCGAAGUCACAGCGGUUGCCUCCGUCAAGUCCCCUCGAUCAAGAAGAAAACAUGUUUUCGGCAUCUUCUCGCCGUCCAAGAACUAUCGAUUUCAAGCGUCUUCGGAGACCGAUGCUGAAGAUUGGAUGGGGAAGAUACGCGCGGAGACCCGAGUCGAUGAGGACGAGGAGGCCUUCCUGGCUGCCAUAAAUAAGAAACGCGAACCAACCUCCCAAAACAGCAAACACAGACAUAAGCACAAGCAUCCGAUCGAUGACUUGAGCGAUUAUUCGGACAUUGACCAUGCUGGGCCGGUAAGCUCCCCCGAGAUGAGACGGACUUUAUCCCCCAAUGCCCGCCCUCGGCGCAUAGCCUACUCGCAAGAACCUUACUCUGGAAACGAAAUCACAUCAUACUCGGACUGGUCGGACGGCCCUUCCAUUAGCGCCAAAAUUCGGUCUAUCUCUUCGAUCAAUGACCUGUCUGUCGCAGCUGAGGAUGACAAGCUCGCGCCAUUGCCUCAGGACCUCGGUCGCAGUUUGGACCUGGGCCCGCGUCGCGACCCAGAGCGGGUUGUCUGUCAAGGAUAUCUUCAGUGUCUGCGACUUAAGGGUGGCGUCCGGCAGUGGAAUCGAUUCUGGGUGGUUGCACGUCCUAAAAGCCUUGGAUUUUAUAAGGAUGAUCAGGAAUACUCGGCUGUCAAAAUCAUUCCAAUGUCCCAGGUCAUAGAUGCUGCAGAGAUCGACCCCGUAUCACGGUCGAAGAAGUACUGCUUCCAAAUCAUCACCGAAGGCAAAUCGUACCGACUAUGUACCUCGGACGAGGAAUCUCUAGCCAAGUGGCUGGGAUCCUUGAAAAGUAUCUUUGUCGCCCGAAAGAAAGCAGCUUGACGGCGGUAGCCCCCCCCCGGUACAGCCAUCCGAAUUAUAUAUAGCUCCUUUCGCCCAUUGUCUUUCGCUGGUUUGGAACCUUUUUUGUUUCCAAGGUCCUUUCUCUUUUGUUUGGCUUUUUUCCC